ACCAUAACAUAAUGUGUAAUACUACAAUUCCAAUAUCAUACCAAGAAUAUGAACCUUUAUCAUCUUGUCAAUUUCAUGCUCUACAUAAAAAAAUAUAUAGAAAAAAGGCUUUUUUCCAAAAAAUAUGGGAUAAGCAAAACGAUUCAACUCGAACUUGCUCGACGAAUACCGCUGCUUCAGUGAUACAUCCACAAAGCAUGCUCGAUACUCUAAUAGAGAUUAUGCAGCAAGAUUUGAAAAUUGGUGAGGACGAAAUAGAUAGUGACAAAUCAAGCAUUUCAUCUGCUCCGGGUGUUAACACACGGCCAAUAUAUGAUUUUCAACAACACUCGUUUUAUUGCGAAUGUAGAGGAUCUGGAGUUGGUUGUCAAU